AUGGCGUUCGCAAGUUUAGCGGACGAGCUCGACCUCGACGGGCCCGGUUACGACUACGACGACGAGUACGAGUACGACCGCGGCGUCGGCGUGUCGCUAGCCGAUGAGCUGCUAGACGGGCCAGAUGAUCUGGGACGAGGCGGUGCGAGUAAACUGACGCCAGAACCCGGGCUCGGAUCGCUCGCGGCGGAACUCGACGCCCCGACUCUCGACUACGAGGCCGAACGUCUCGAUGCACUCGAGCCCACGACCCCGACCUCCCCAACAGCACCCACGCUCGCGGUACCAGUACCGAAUGGACACUCGCACUCUGCGCACUCCUCUCCUCGGCGGGCGCCGCCAAGUCCCCUCCGAACACCUAGCUUCUCAAACGGGUAUGCGAACGGGCUGAGCAGCCGGCGCUCGCCGUCCCCCGAGCCCGAGCGCGUAUUCUUAACAGACUUUGAGUCGACACUGGAAGCGACAGAAUCGCUCAUUGCGCGACUGCAAAGCGCGAGCGACGAGGCCGUCGAGCUGGGCCUCGUGAGCCUAGUGGGGAAACUGGGCGAGAGCGAGCGCGCGCGCGAGGACGGGAUUCGAGAACUGACCGUGCUCCUCCGUGAAUUCGAGACGGUGCGGGGCGAGGGACUCGACCUCGACCUGCGGCUGUCUGAACUUGCUGGGCUGGGCGAAAGCAGUCGAGUCGGGUGGACGGGCGAGCCGGACGUCCCGAUCUCCGGCUUCGGGACAAUAGAGGAGGAGGACGAGACGCCGCCCGCGUCCCCUGUCUCACCUACCACGCCGCGAUCCCCAACCACGCCAUUGACGCCGCACACGCCGCACACGCUGCACACGCCGCACCACGCGCAGCGCCGCGGCCUCCUGCCCCGGCACACGGCCGAGCUCGCCGCACACACGCUCUCCCUCAGCGCGUCGUUAGUCUCGAUCCUGGAGAGCGCCAACCUGUCCCUGUCGAGCAUCGCGUCGACGAGUGCGAGGCAGUUAAAGGGCGUGCGUGUGGGGCUGCGCUCGUUCAAGGCGACGCAAGAGCAUGAGGACGAGUGCGCAGAGGGCGUGAGGCGGUUCGAGGCGCUCGAGGAGGCGGGCAAGCGGCCUGAUGCCCGCGAGGAGAUGAGGCGGAUCAUGGAGGGGUUCGAGCGGAGUCUGGAGCAGGCCGAGGAGGAGUGGAACCGCGCCAGGGCCAUGGCAUAG